UAAGGAAUAACGAAAAUCGAAUAUAUGGACCGAAAACACGAAAUGACGAAACGUUUUGUUUGUUAAGUUUUGUUUAGAUCUUUUUUGAGAGAAAAAAAGUAGUUGAGUAAAAGAAAGUAAAUAAUUCUCUAGUUUACGUAGAUUUCUCGUUUUUUUAAUACAUCACAAGUACAACAACACAGAAAAAAUGUUAUUCUACUCGUUUUUCAAAUCGCUUAUUGGCAAAGAUGUUGUUGUCGAAUUAAAAAAUGAUCUCAGUAUUCAAGGAACGUUACAUUCGGUGGAUCAGUAUUUAAAUAUUAAAUUAACUGACAUCAGCGUCACGGAUCCUGAAAAAUAUCCUCACAUGAUGUCGGUGAAAAACUGUUUUAUCCGUGGAUCGGUCGUUAGAUAUGUUCAACUUCCUGGUGACGAUAUUGAUACACAAUUAUUGCAGGACGCAGCGAGAAAAGAGGCAGCGGUACAGAGUCGAUAAUGAUUUUUCUUUUUUUAUUAUUCAAAAAUAAUAACGUAAGCCGUAAAUUAUAUUUGAAACUAUUAUUAUUAUCAUCAUUAAUAUUACUUUUUCCAUAAAUUUUUUUUCUUUUUUUUUUUGUAGUUAAAACUUUGAAUAAUGAUCGUUUUUUUUAAAAAAAGGAGUUUUUUUCACUUGAAAGAAGAAUUCAGAAUUUACUUUUUAUUUUAUUUCACAAUUAGAAAAUGACGAGAAAUUAUUUUGUACUUUGUGUACGAAAAAAAUUAAACAUUUUGAUAUAAAA